CUGCAGCAGCAGCAGAAGCCAACAUCAGUGGGUUUGUGUGUCUCUGGCCAUAGGCUCAGAGCAGUGUGGACUGACGGCCUGUGUGCUGUCUCAGUGUAGUCACUUCCAGAGAUCGUUUAAGUGGGGAGACUUUACUGGAUUACAGUGAGUUAGACUUGGAUAGAUUGAUCGGUCCAAGUGUUACUGUAGAAUAGAGAAACAGUUCUGUGUGAUAGAUAGUUUGCGACUGACUGUGAGACUGUAUUUAUCUGCAGACAGAGGAGUUGGCUCGACUACAGCUACUGUUCAGUUCAGUGACCACGCUUCACUGACUCAACCCGUGGAUGUCACAAUGCUAUGUCCGUGCUGAGGAGGUCUUUCUGUUCCGGGCUGUUCUGCUGGAUGAGGCUGGAGCUGGAUGUGUUUCUCUCCUUUCCUGGACUGUGAUUGUGGUGAUCUCACUGCUGGAGACAUAGGAAGCUCUGUCUUCAGCUCUUCUCACAUUGUCGGUCAUCUGGUCUCUAGUAGCGCUGGCUGGCUGCCUGUAGAGAGCAGAACAGAGAGCAGAACAGAGAGCAGAGCAGAGAGCAGAGCAGAGAGCAGAGCAGGACUCGCUCUGUUCUGUGGAGCUUGUUUCGCUGCCUGGACUGGACUUUAUAACGAGGAUGUUUACCCAUAUAAGAGGAUCUAUUGCUGUUGUGUAAAAAGGGAGCCGUUGUGAGAGACGGUAACGUUCCCUAGAAAGUGCCCAGACCCCGCCACUGCCAAGCCAUGGCCCCUCGCAAGCGUCCAGGGCGGGGCUUUUCUGAUAUAUUCUGCUGUUUUAAAGGGAGUGAUCACCCGGAGAUCACCUACCGCCUCCGCCAUGACAGUAACUUCACCCUACAGACCAUGGCGCCUUCCCUGCCCAUGCCGCCUGAGGAGGAGCUGGAUGCCAUGUUCUCUGAGCUUGUGGAGGAGCUGGACCUGUCAGGGAAACACAGGGAAGUCAUGUUCGCCCUGCCAGCUGAAAAAAAAUGGCAGAUGUACUGCAGCAAGAAGAAGGAGGGAGAAGAGAGCAAGGGUGCGACUAGCUGGCCAGAGUUCUACAUCGACCAGUUGAAUUCCAUGGCUGCUAGGAAGACUCUUAUUGCGCUGGAAAAGGAGGAUGAGGAAGAGAGGAACAAGACCAUAGAGAGCUUGAAGACCGCUCUAAGGACUCAACCAAUGAGGUUUGUGACGCGGUUCAUCGACCUGGACGGCCUAACCUGCAUCCUGAACUUCCUGAAGAGCAUGGACUACGACACCACCGAGUCCCAGAUCCACACGUCGCUGAUCGGCUGCAUCAAGGCCCUGAUGAACAACUCCCAGGGCCGCUCCCACGUGCUCUCCCACACAGAGAGCAUCAACAUCAUCGCCCAGAGCCUGGCCACUGAGAACGUCAAGACCAAGGUGGCGGUGCUGGAGAUCAUGGGUGCUGUCUGUCUGGUGCCAGGAGGCCACAGGAAGAUCCUGGAGGCUAUGCUGCACUACCAGAAGUUUGCCUGCGAGAGGACUCGCUUCCAGACUCUGCUGAAUGACCUGGACAGGAGUACGGGGCGUUACAGGGACGAGGUCAACCUGAAAACAGCCAUCAUGUCCUUCAUCAAUGCAGUGCUCAGUCAGGGAGCAGGGGAGUCAAGCUUUGAGUUCAGAAUUCACCUGAGGUACGAGUUCCUUAUGUUGGGCAUCCAGCCGGUCAUCGAUAAACUGAGGUCCCACGACAACUCAACAUUAGACAGGCAUUUGGACUUCUUUGAGAUGCUGAGAAACGAGGAUGAACUGUCGUUGGCAAAACGCUUUGACACCGUGCACAUUGACACAAAAAGUGCCACGCAAGUGUUUGAGCUCAUAAAGAAGAAGAUGAGCCACACAGAUGCACACCCGCACUUUAUAUCUGUCUUACAGCACUGUCUCCUUAUGCCUUACAAGCGUAGUGGGAACACGGUGCAGUACUGGCUCCUCCUGGACCGCAUCGUGCAGCAGAUCGUCCUUCAGAACGACAAAGGUCACGACCCUGACGUCACCCCUCUGGAGAACUUCAACGUGAAGAACGUGGUGCGAAUGCUGGUCAACGAGAAUGAAGUCAAACAGUGGAAAGAACAGGCGGAGAAAAUGAGAAAAGAGCACCAUGAGCUACAGCAGAAGUUUGACAAGAAGGAACGCGAGUGUGACGCCAAGACCCAGGAGAAGGAGGACAUGAUGCAGACGCUGAAUAAGAUGAAGGAGAAGCUGGAGAAAGAGUCCAGCGAGCACAAACAGGUCAAGCAGCAAGUGGCCGACCUCUCCGCCCAGCUGCAUGACCUCAACACUAGGCCAAAUCCAAGUGUUCCUGGUGGUCCUCCAUUCAUACCUGGGGCCCCUGGAGGUCCCACAGCACCCCCUCCGAUGCAGGCUGGCAUGAUCCCAGCCCCUCUACCACUCACUCAGGGCAUGCCUCCACCGCCACCCCCUCCACCCCCUCCACCCGGGGGACCCCCACCUCCUCCGGGCAUGGCUCCCUUCGGUCUCCCUCCUCCCCCUGGAGCUCCAAUGGGACCUGGUCUGAAGAAGAAGAAUAUCCCCCAGCCUUCCAACCCACUCAAGUCAUUCAACUGGGCUAAGCUGGCUGAGAAUAAGCUGGAGGGCACUGUGUGGACGGACGUCGAUGACAUCAAUGUUUUCAAAAUCCUGGACCUUGAGGACAUCGAGAAGACCUUCUCUGCGUACCAGAGACAGCAGAAAGAGUCUGAAGAUGACACAGUGACCUCCAAGAAGGUCAAGGAGCUGUCAGUCAUCGACGGUCGCAGAGCCCAGAACUGUAACAUCCUCCUCUCUCGGCUGAAGCUGACCAAUGAGGAGAUCAAGAGGGCCAUCCUAACUAUGGACGAACACGAGGAUCUGCCCAAGGACAUGCUGGAGCAGCUUGUAGCCUUUGUCCCAGAGAAGAGUGACGUGGAUCUCCUGGAGGAGCACAAGCAUGAGCUGGACCGCAUGGCCAAGGCUGACCGCUUCCUCUACGAGAUGAGCAGAAUCAACCACUACCAGCCAAGGCUGCAGUCUCUCUACUUCAAAAAGAAAUUUGCUGAAAGAAUCCUCGAAGUCAAACCUAAAGUUGAAGCACUGAUCAGGGCAUCUAAAGAGGUGCUGCAGAGCCGCAACCUCAAGCAGCUUCUGGAGGUGGUCCUGGCCUUUGGUAACUACAUGAACAAGGGUCAGAGGGGGAACGCCUAUGGCUUCAAAGUGUCCUCACUCAACAAGAUUGCUGACACCAAGUCCAGCAUUGACAAGAACAUUACUCUGCUGCAUUACCUGAUCACCAUCCUGGAGCAUAAGUAUCCCAAAGUGGCCAUGUUCCAGGAAGAGCUUCAAAGUGUUCCAGAGGCAGCCAAAGUCAAUAUGACAGAGCUGGAGAAAGACAUCAACAACUUGCGUUCUGGACUGAAGAGUGUGGAAACGGAGCUGGAGUUUCAGAGAAGUCUUCCUCAGGUUUUGGGGGAUAAGUUUGUGUCUGUGGUGAGCCAGUUCAUCACCGUGGCCAGCUUCAGCUUCUCAGACGUGGAGGAUUCUCUGACCGAGGCCAAGGAGCUGUUUCUGAAGGCAGUGCAGCAUUUCGGUGAGGAUGCAACCCGUAUGCAGCCUGACGAGUUCUUCGGAAUCUUCGACCAAUUCCUGCAGGCAUUCGCAGAGGCCAAGCAGGAGAAUGAGAACAUGCGCAGACGCAAGGAGGAAGAGGAGCGACGGGCCCGCAUGGAAGCACAGCUGAAGGAGCAGAGGGAGAAGGAGCGCAAGUCCAGGAAGGCUAAGGAGAACUGUGAGGAGGACGGUGAGUUCGACGACCUGGUUUCAGCCCUGCGCUCUGGGGAGGUGUUCGAUAAGGACCUGUCCAAGAUGAAACGCAACCGCAAGCGCGUCAACUCAUCAGCUGAGACCAGCAGGGAGCGGCCGGUCACCAAACUGAACCUCUAAAACAACUGAUGACUGAUCCUUUGUCCUGCUAGAGCUAGGAUAUGCUGCCCUCUGGUGGCUUGGAAUGGGCCUAGCGCCCCCUCAUUUUGGAGUGGACAGAACUCACUACUAAAACAGAACUGAAAUGAUCAUGAAAGGUGGUGGACAGACCUCUACUUACUCUUCUGCUACUCAAGCAACAAUAACCCAGAGCUUGUGUCUGUCUGGAAACAGACAUUACCUCCUCUGAAAACCAUGAACUGUGGAUCAGGAGUGACUCUCUAAGCUAUUUGUGUUAACCUACAUUUUUUAAAUGCUGUGGUCUGAAUGACAGUUUUGCUCAUGUCGUGAAUGGGACACUUUAAUAGCAUAGGGCUGGUGCCCUAGAGUAGGACCCUCUUCUUGACCCUCCCUGUCUGCAAAGAUAACCAGGAAGUGAAAUGGAAAGCCUGGGAUAACACACACACACACGCAGUGACCCUGGCGGAGACACGUUUCCUGUGUUAAUCGGGAGAAUGUACUAGCCUUUGUGUAAAAUCUUUCCUGCUAUUGUGUUCAGUCAGACUCCCUUAAGGGUAUAGUAAAAGAUGUCAACCCCAUGCAAAGAAACAGUGUCUGUUGAAGCACAAUCCAGUAUGUAUGAAUGAUAAUGUUUUUUAGCUAAGCACAAAAGCUUAACAACAAGAUACACAUUUUGAUACUGUUUUUUUUAUCACAAUUUUACAAAGACCUAAUUUAGAUAUAUUAAAAACCAAAUCACAGAUGCAAUAUUGCCAUUUUAUUAGAGCCCUAACUUUCACCUUUAGAAAAUAAUCUAUUAAAACAGCAACAAAAGAUGGGUCGAAAAAUAAUGUAUAUUUUACUGUAUAUACAUUAUUGUAAAAGAGUAUAGGACCUAGUUUGAAGUUUUGAAAGGAUAUUGUCUCCGAUUUGAUUUAAAGUGUUACCAAAAAUGAUUGCUCUACAUCUGGCCAUCCUGACAAACAGUGUGGAUAUCAGUCUGGAAACUAUGCAUCCUAUACAUUUUUUAUUUGUGUUCAAUACUGUCAUGUAUGUGUAUAUAUUAUGUAUUGUGCCAAUUCCCGUGUCACCUUCUCACUAUGUUAUGUACAGCAGAAACCUUUCAGUUAUUUAGUCAGAUCCAAUUAGUAAAACCCUUCUAAAACCUUUGGUCACAUUUCUACCAACACCCUCCUUCUGUGUGAUAGCAUUUCUGAUGGAGGUAUGUGGGUUCUUUCAAUACAGCUUUUUUAUUAUUUAAACAACUUUCUAUUUCGAAACAGACUAAAGUAAUAAACCUGGAUGUCAAUUAUCUGUUGAAUCUUUGUUAUGUUUGCAAGCCAGUAAACCAGUAAUUUCUCUCAGACUGUAUUCAAUAAGUAGCUGUUGGUAAUGUCUCGCUAGGGCAAUUGAAUUUAAGUGCUGUCUUUUACCAAGUUUACCUUUUACCUUAUUCAUUGUCUGUCUGAUUGCUCAGUACUUGUUGUGGACUUGGAAUAGUUUCAGGCCAAUUUGGGUAAAAGCCCUUGGUAACAGUUGGAUGUUUUAAGAGGGAGUGGCCUUACUUGUCUCCCUGACUAUUUAAGGAGCAUUACUUGGCCCCAGUCUUAGUGCGCCAUCUAUAGUUUAGAAGGACAUCAGCUCCUACAAGAGUAGCAAGUAUAUUUUUUUAUUCAAUAAGUAGCUUUUGGUAUUAUCUUUCUAGAGCAAUUGAAAUUGAAGUGCUGUCUUUUAUCUAGUAGCCUACUUAAUCAUUGCUGUUUGAACUGUCUAAUUUGCUCAGUACUUGUGACUGUUGUUGUGGACUUGGAUUAGUUUCAGGCCUAUUUGUCUAACAGUUUUGCUAAUAUGUGGGCGUGUUUUAUUGCAUGGGGUGUUUUUUCCCCCACCUCUGCCAGGCAAUCACUGCUAGGAGGUGUCUUUCAUCUCUGCUAGGCAAUUACUGCUAGUACUUCAGUCUCCCCUGUUUCUUCAGCAGCAGCUGUAAGAGGCAGUAUUGUCACCAAACCAGACUGUCUGCUGAGUUGUUUGAGGAAGGCUCCACAUCACUCUCUCACUUGAGUAUCUUACCUAGUUAUUUUCAGAUCUUAUUUUGAUCUUUUGUAUCUUUGGCAAGUAUGUGUGUCCCAUUUCAGUUCGCUCCUCUCCCGGUAGGUUUUACAUUCGUUGCCCACUCAUUGGCUGUAACACUUCUAAGUUAGUGUACCCUGCGAGCACAACCCGUGUGGAAUUCUUAGUCUCUGGCAGGGUUUGGUACUUCCGAUCUACGGCCAAUAAAGCUGAAUUCAUCUCACCAUGACGGAGACAUGGAAUACCCUAUAACACUGCUACUGGUCGUCUUGGUGGUGGCACAGGGCUAAUCACUUCUCCUAAGUGGAGUUUUUCUUUCCCCCUCUCACCUGUCUAUUGGGUGACUUUAACCUCCUGACGCCUGACUUAUAUACAUUUCCUCCCUCUUUGUUUUCACUCCUUUUCACCUCACCCUUUCCCAGUCACCUCACACGCACAAGGCAGGCAAUCAGGUUGACCUCAACUUCACUAGAGGAUGUACGCCUACUGAUCUCUGAUCACUACUUUGUUUCCUUUUCUCCUCCAACCCUCAGACCCUACGCAGAUGGUCAUGCGCCUCCACAAUCUUUGCUCCCGCUUCUCUUCUAUCCGCUCUUCCUUCUGCUAAAUCCUCCUGACUUUGCCUCUUCGACCCUACUCUCUUCCUUUUCCGCCUCCUUUUGACUCCCACUGUCCCCUUUCCUCCUGGCCAGCCCGACCUUCACCUCUUGCUCUGUUGAUGAGUCACUCAAUGCGCACUAACAGAACAGGGCUGUGGGCAGUUGAGUGGAAAUGGAGGAAAAUGAAACUUCCGGAGGACCUAUCCUCCUCCUUCCACUCCCUUCUAUCUACCAUCUCCCUCUUUAUCUGCUGCUAAAACUGCCUUCUAUCACUCUAAAUUUGUAUCUUCUGCCUCCAACCCUGGGAAACUAUUUUCCACUUUCUCCUCUCUCGUUACUCCUCCUCCCUCUCUGCAGACAUUUGUCAACCACUUUGAAAAAAAGAUUGACUACAUCCGCUCCUCAUUCACUCAGCCUACUGAGUCCACUAGUUCCACUCACACAGAACUACCCUACGCCUUGACCUCUUUCUCCCCUCUUUCCAGAUGAAAUCCUGCGACAAAUGAUGUCCGGCCGCCCAACAACCUGCCCACUUGACCCCAUUCACUUCUCCAGACCAUCUCUGGAGACCUUCUCACUUCCCUCAUUAAUUCAUCCCUGACCACUAGCUGUGUCCCCUCUGACUUCAAGAUGGCCAGAGACGCUCCCCUCAAGAAACCAACACUCGACAGCCUCUGACGUCAAACUAGAGACCGGUAUCCCUUUUCUUUCCAAAACACUUGAGCAUGCUGUCUCUGACCAACUCUCUCGUUAUCUCACAUAACCAGCUUCUUGACCCUAACCAGUCAGGCUUCAAGGCAGCUCACUCAACUGAGACCGCUCUCUGCUCUGCCAAAGCUGACUCUUUUCUCAUCAUCCUAGAUCUAACCAUCAUAUCUUCCUUUCCACCCUCUCAGGGUUGAGCGUCUCAGGCUCUGCACACUCUUGAAUUGCAUUCUACCUGGCAGGUCGCACCGACCAGGUGGCGUGGAGAGGAUCUGCAUCUGCACCACAUGCUCUCAAUACUGGUGUCCCCACUUUUCUCUUUACACCAAGUCACUCGGCUCUGUCACAUGGUCUCUCCUAUCCUUUCUUUGCGGGUGGCACUCAACUACUCUUCCCCCUUCUGACACCCAGGUGGCGACAUGGAUUUCUUUGUGCCUAGCAGAUAUCUCAGCUUGUAUGUCUACUCACCACCUCAAGCUCAACCUCGACAUAACGGAGCUGCUCUUCUUCCCAGGGAAGGCCUGCCCACUCCAAGACUUCUCCAUCACGGUUGACAACUCCACGAUGGCGAUGUCCCUUUCCCAGAGUGCAAAGAACAUUGGUGUGACCCUGGAAAACACCCUGUCGUUCCCUUCAAACAUCAAAGCAGUGAUGCAGGUUCAUGCUCUACAACAUCCCUAGAGUACGACCUUCACUCAGGAAGCGGCGCAGGUCAUUAUCCAGGCACUUGUCAUCUCCAAUCUAGACCACUGUAACUCUGUUGGCUGGGCUCCCCAUUUGUGCCAUCAAACCCCUGAAACCUAUCCAGAAGGCUGCAACCCGCAUGGUGUUCAACCUUCCCUAGUUUUCUCAUGUCACCCCGUUCCUCUGCACACGCCACUGGCUUCCAUGUGAAGGUUGCAUAACCUUCAAGACCCUGGUUCUUGCCUACGGAGCAGCAAGGGGAAAUGCCCCACUUCAGGCUAUGCUCAAACCCAACAUUCCAACCCAAGCCCUCCGUUCCGCCACCUCUGGUCUCUUGGCCCUCCCACCCCUUACAGGAGGGCAGUUAAAGCUCUUUGUCCUGGCACCCCAAUGGUGGAACAAGCUUCCCCUAAAGUCAGGACAGCGGAGUCUCUGCCCAUCUUUCGAAAACAUCUGAAACCCUACCUCUUUGAAAAGUAUCUUAACAUGCUCAUGACCCUCCCCCCUUUUUUCCCACUAGCACUGACUUUGCUGAUAAAUACUUUGCAGGGAAAAUGUACUUGAUAUGAUUGUCUCACCUAGCUAUCUUAAGAUGAAUGCACUAACUGUAUGUCUCUCUGGAUAAGAGUAUCUGCUGAAUGACUAAAAUGUAAUUUAACCCUGUUUUCCAAACUGUGCAACAAAGACAGGUAUUCAUCUGAGUUAUAGUAAGGAGUGGCCAAUGCGCCCAUGUAUCUAUUCUACAGGUUCCAUUUACUGUUGGUCUUGUCUGAAAGUGAAGGAUUUCUGAAAUGUUUUAAAGACAUUCUGAGGAAACAUCUGCUUCUAUGAAUUGCAAUACUUUGGAUACUAUUCAGAAAGCAUUGUGAAUAAUGACUUUGUCACUAAUAAAACCUCUGGUAACAAUUCAUCUA